AAUAGUUGUUGAGUCUAAAGCUUGGGAUUUGUAGUUCAGCUUCCAGCCUGAGCAGAGGCAUCAGUGGCUUUCUUUUAAAGGAAGUGGACUACAACUCCCACACACCCAACUCUCCAGAUACUUUGUAAACUCUGUGCAAGUUGCGCGUCUGCACUGCUAUUUUAGGUAUGCAGCUACUGCUCGGCCCUGUGUGUGUGUGUGAGUGAGUAUGUGUGUGUGUGUGUGUGUUUUUAAAAUGUCUGGUUUUUGGCUUUGCAGAAAUAAAUCUGGAUUCGGGGUAGGAGGGGUGCAUAGAUGACAUUUGGCAACAAGGUAGCACGCGCACGAUCACACAUCGAGUUUGCAUGUCGAGGAAUGCACACAGUCACUCCCUCAUUACUGUGAGAGAUGUUUUUUUCCUUUUUUCUGAAACCCUCUUAAAGUAGAAAUCACACUGAAAUUUACAGCUGAGUUCCCACUUGACUACGCUGGCCAGCAUCCAUAAGAUCCACCACACCUUGCACAGGCUGCGUGUUGCCCCAGAGCCAUGCCUCCUAGGAAAAAGAGGAGACCCUCUGCUGGAGACGACAUGUCGGCCAAGAAAAGUCGCCAAGACAGCGUUUUCAGAAAACACGAAACGCCACAAAUCCGUGAAGAGGAGACAUUUUCCAGUAAAAGAUGUCUGGAGUGGUUCUACGAAUAUGCAGGUGAAGGUUGUGACGACGUGGUGGGUCCAGAGGGCAUGGAGAAGUUCUGUGAGGACAUCGGGGUGGAGCCGGAGAACGUGGUGAUGCUGGUUCUUGCCUGGAAGCUGGACGCCCAGAGUAUGGGAUACUUCACCCUCCAGGAGUGGCUGAGAGGAAUGGGCUCGCUGCAGUGCGACUCCACGGAGCGGCUGAGGAACUCGCUCGACUACCUGAGAUCUGUCCUGAACGACAGUACCAGUUUUAAGCUCAUUUAUAGAUACGCCUUUGAUUUUGCCCGGGAAAAGGAUCAGAGGAGUUUGGACUUGAACACAGCCAAGUGCAUGCUGGGUCUUCUUCUGGGGAAGACGUGGCCUCUGUUUCCCGUGUUUAAUCAGUUUCUAGAGCAAUCCAAGUACAAAGUCAUCAACAAGGACCAAUGGUGCAAUGUUUUAGAGUUCAGCAGGACAAUCAACCUGGACCUCAGCAACUACGAUGAGGACGGUGCCUGGCCAGUUUUGUUGGACGAGUUUGUGGAAUGGUACAAGGAGAGACAGAUGUCAUAGAAGAGCAAGAAAAAAAAAAACAAUGGAGGAAAGAAACACAACUGUGACAACAAACGACUAUGAGAAUCAACAACCGACAAGUAAACAAUACAACAAUGGUAAAGCAGUGACUGUGGGCGCUUCCGGGUAGAGGAGAGGGGGUUUAUGGGUAGGCUAGGAGGGUGUGUGUGUGGUUGUGUGUGUGUGGCGGGGGGGCAGACGCUGGGUUUGCAGCCUGGGUGAACGCCGCCCAGAAAAGCAUGGAGGGCUGCCAUAGUGAGGUUAUGUCUCCUAUCAAAGUUGCAUAGUCGGCGAGCUUGCAGCAAUCCCCCCCCUCACCCCCUCACCCCCUCACCCAGUGGCAUUGCUCUCUCUCACUGUGACCCGUCAUAUUGCUGUGUGUGUGUGUGUGUGUGUGUGUGUGUGUGUGUGUGUGUGUGUGCGUGUGUUUGGAUAACAUGAGAUCACACAUGGACGAUGGAAGCUGAACGGUUUUGUGUGUUUGUCAGAGAAAAACGAACCAUUCAUGCAUUUUGUGUCGGAGUCUUUAAAAGGGGUCACUUUGAUCCGGGGCACACUUUAAACUAUGAAUGAUGGACUUGGAACUAUUUUUUUUCUGUUUGUCGUAUUUUGAGUUCUUCAAGAAGCACACUGUGUCAAAAAACGGUUGAUGGCAGGUUUCGGUUGUCGAGCUGUUUACGUUUAAUUUGUGCCAGUGAUUUAUCAUUCUUCCCCUCCUCUUCAUUUUUGUUCCUUCCUGCUGUUUCUCCUCCAGCUAAUGCUAACAGUUUGCUAACCCCCCUCCCUCCCUCCCCCUCCAAAGGCUUCAGACCUCAUAACACCAAACCAAUCAGCAUUGCUGCUUACUAACUCUUAUCACAGUGCGGCGGUGAGCCACUCGCUCUGAUCGGCAUCUAUCGGCCUCCGACGACCGAUUCGAUGCGUGUACGAUGUUGUAGGUAAGAGUAUUAUUGUGCCUCGAAAAACAUGGAAGUCACUUUGUGUGUCAUACCACACACACACAUACCAACAAACCCAAAUGUAUAUACACACACAAACACACAUACAGAGACACACUGAAGUGGUCAGGGAUUAUUUCAGGAUGAAUUCAGACUGUCGACUUAGAGCUUGUCGGUGUCCUAUUUUGUCUCGAGACGUGGCAUCUGUUUCGUCCUCCUUAGUCCACUGAUAGUUUCUUACUGGUAGCAUCUCUCCCCCCGACAGUGUUAUUAACAUAACUACAGUGGAAGACCGGUGACCCUUCUCAGGACGAGGUCCUUAAAGGCUUGAGUAGAAAGGUAGGUUUGCUGAAAGCGUUGCUGUCGUAGGAAACCCCCUCCCGACAGUUUGGAACCGCGUGGCGAUGCUACGCCGUUCUUUUCGCCUAGUAUAAUGUUCUCGUAACACAUGUAUAGAUUUUUUGUCUUUGGCCGUGGUGUGAUGCUGAAUCGUCGAGAUUUAAUAUUUGCAUGCAUGCUCCGACAGAGCCUUCUGUGAAUGGAUGAGAUUUAUAAUUUUUUUGAAAUUAUAAUUUUUUUUUUUUCAAAAGCUUUUUAUUUUUUUUGUUUUUUGUUUUGUACAGGAAUUUGUGCAAGUGUUUUUGUGCUUAAUUUCUUUUUUUGAUAUUCACGAGCAUGUCGUCUGAAUCCUGAUGGACGACGUGAUUGUGUGUAUUGAGACCUGGAACACACCUGUAACCUCACGGUGGAGCGGGAGUUCCCUCCUGCAUUCAGCCCAUCUUCAACACAUCCUCACACGUGCUGCAAGGCUUCCGUUGGCUGCAGACUGGAUCUUAUUUUAUUUAUUUUUUUAUUUACAUGAUACGCAUUAGAAAUACGCAUUGAGAUUUGCUGUGAAGAUAGAAUGCAUUGAAAUCUACUGCAGCUGAAGCUAUAUGAAGGCCUCUGUUGUUACAAUGAGAAUCAUCAGCAUCACAUCUGAGACGGAGGUCGUUGUUGGAUUGUUUACCAAAUACUGUGUAGAGAUCAAUGUUUUAGAUUUUCUCCCAUAACGAUGCAGGAGGAUGAACACCCUUGUCCCAACUGUAUAUAUGUAUGUAAACUAUGUAAGUGUCUAUAUGUCUGUUUUCACUAUAACCUAAUGUCUAUAUACAUAAA